UGUUAGUCAACUGAUUAACACCGUGACGAACACGUCUGUUGCUCCCAAACACGAAAUCCUCUUUACCUUUUGGUUGACUGAUUUUCCAGCUGGUCUUUUUUUUAAAAAAAUAUAUAAUGGCUCAUUCAACAGAAACUCAACCGCCAUCAGUUGCAGAAGUAUCGAUUGCCACUGGAAAUUCGGAACUUGGCAAUCCUUCCGGAGACGAUAAUCCAGAAGAGAUGGGCGGAUUACGCAACCGACUAUUAUGUCGUUUCGUCAGUUCGACGUGCUUCCAGAUGAACCGGCGCAAAACAUUAGGAGAAAAUCUUAUGGAAACACCUUUGCGAAGAUGUCUGUCGACUUUGGACAUAACAAUGCUUGGUAUUGGACAUAUGGUGGGUGCUGGCAUUUACGUGUUGACGGGCACAGUGGCUCACAAUAUGGCAGGACCAGCCAUCGUUUUGAGCUUCUUAAUCGCUGGAUUAGCUUCUGUUUUAGCUGCAUUGUGUUACGCGGAGUUCGGCAGCCGCGUACCUAAAGCCGGAUCCGCUUACGUAUAUACUUAUGUAACCAUAGGAGAGUUCUGGGCGUUUGUCAUCGGCUGGAACAUUCUAUUGGAACACAUGAUUGGUGCGGCGUCAGUGGCCAGAGCCUGGAGCGGCUACGUGGAUGCGUUAGCUGGAGGAGUAAUUGCUAACGCAACGGCCGGAGUUUUCGGUGAAAUGCACAACGACAUGAUGGCCAAAACGCCAGAUUUCUUAGCCUUUGCCGUUUGUCUGGCUUAUUGCGGAUUAUCUACUUUGGGAGUUAAGGGCUCCUCUUACUUUAACAGCUUCUUCACUAUGGUAAACAUUGGCGUCAUUGUAUUUGUCAGUGGAUUCGGUUUCUAUUGGGCUGAUUACCACAAUUGGACUGAUUACGGUGGGUUCGCGCCCUUUGGGUUCUCCGGAAUCUUAAGCGGGGCGGCUACCUGUUUCUAUGCGUACGUGGGCUUCGAUAGCAUCGCCACCUCGGGAGAAGAGGCUCGUGACCCGAGUUUCUCUAUCCCGGUGGCAACUUUCGUUUCGAUGAGCGUCGUUUCGUUGGGCUACAUGUGCGUUUCGGCUGCUCUCACCCUGAUGGUGCCCUAUACGCUCAUCAACCCGACGGCUGCUUUACCCGACGCUUUCGCCUCUCACGGCAUCACCUGGGCACGCAUCGUCAUUAGCAUCGGUGCAUUGGCCGGCAUGACGACCACCCUUUUCGGCUCUCUCUUUUCUCUUCCACGUGGAGUUUACGCUAUGGCGCAAGACGGACUCCUCUUUAAAGUCUUCGCUCGAGUCCAUGAGAAAACCCAGGUGCCACUAAUCACCAUCGGUGUUUGCGGCCUAUUUAGCGCCAUCGUGGCACUAUUUUUCGAUAUUGAAAAACUAGUCGAAUUCAUGUCCAUCGGUACGUUGAUGGCAUACACGAUCGUCUCGGCAGCUGUUAUUAUCCUACGCUAUCGCCCGCUAGUCAGCAAGUCUGAUGUACUCCCGUUAACGGAGACCCCACCAUCACCUGGAAGUGCCAAGGAGUUUGUCGAUAUGCUGAACGAAGCCGGCCGGUUGAAGCCGAAAUUCUAUUGGAUUGAAAGGAUCUUGGGCAGCUACGAGCCGGGUGUUCUUCCAGCCACUUGUGUUUUUAUUUUCACCGUCAGUUGCUCUUGCAUUUUUGCUAUUCUUCAAUGGGGAGGAAGGGCCGUCUACCAUCCAAACGGGCCAGAAUGGUGGCUGGCUGUAUUACUAACUUUCCUCGUGGCAGUUUCUCUCAUUACACUAGUCCUUAUUGCUGUUCACAACCAGUCGACCGAAGGCUUACGAUUCAAAGUUCCUUGGGUUCCGACUCUUCCAGCUCUAUCCAUCGCGGCUAAUGUCGCUCUUAUGGUGAAUUUGAACCCGAUGACGUGGAUUCGAUUCGCCAUUUGGAUGUCAAUAGGAUUCGUAAUUUACUUUGCAUACGGAAUGCGACACAGCAAAGAAAACGCCGCUGUCAGUUCUUACUCCGGCUUACUGAAAUCCAACUCCGUUCGGGUGAAGUGGGGUUCUACUCUAACAGCCAAGGAUCUUCCCAGCACACCUUCGUCUCAAACAGAAAAUUAAAACGCUAUUUUAAAAGUCACUAUAUCUACGUCAAUGUUUAAACUUUAGAUCUAUUUAAAAAGAGAAAUUUGUUCUUAACUAUUCAGUUACCUUUCACAUUGUAUUACGGGCCAUUGGAAAAACAAACAAAAAAUAGAGGAGAGAAAAUGGCCGGAAUACACGUAUUAUAUGCAACAGGCAA